CCCGCCCGCGCCCGCCGCCGCCCCGCCGCCCCCAAGAUGUGGCACAACGUGGGGCUGACCCUGCUGGUGUUCGUGGCCACGCUGCUGAUCGUGCUGCUGCUGAUGGUGUGCGGUUGGUAUUUUGUUUGGCAUCUUUUUUUGUCAAAAUUCAAGUUUCUUCGGGAACUGGUGGGAGACACCGGAUCCCAGGAGGGAGACCGUGAGCCUUCAGGAUCUGAGACCGAAGAAGAUGCUUCACCGUCUCCGCACAGGAUCAGGUCUGCUCGCCAGAGGAGGGCCCCUGCCGAUGAAGGCCACUGAGCCAGCCGGUCCUGUGAUGGCGAAUGGCCAAGGGUUCUGGGAGUCUCUCUGUAAUGACGGGGCUUUGCAGUUUGCUAAAGGAGUGAAGAACAUUCAUUCUUGGAUUCUAAGUCCAAUUCAAAAAAAGAUUUACAUGUAAGCCAUAUGCAAAUAAAGGGAAGUUCAACCAAAUCGGACCAUUGCAGAUUUCAUCGUUAUGAUAAUUUUUGCUUGUAUGCUUAAACAUAUAUACUUUUUCUUUGACCCUUGGGCUUCUUUUCUUGCACUGGUGUUAAUCUGAUAAAUAUUACAGGCUUGAAAAUCCAUAUUUUAUUAAUGUUAGUUCUGCGUCAUGUUUCCCCU